AUGAGGUCUUUUGACAAGUAUCUCACCGGGCGUGCCAAAAGUGUUGGUCUGUCGCAAAUCUCACGGUCUGGUGCGUCAACACGUGACGUCCUCCUUUUGGAUGCGGUGCGGUUGUGCGCGGGCGUGCCAGCACGGUCUACUGUGCGUCGAGGUGAUGAUGAGGUUCGGGUAGAAGAUGGUUCAAAUGUUGCGCCUGUUUUGCGUUUGACUCCUAAUCAAACUAUUGUGACUGAGUGA